AUCCGGGAGUGACAUGCCCUAUAUCACCAACAAAUGCAUGUAUGGACAACUCUGUGUGUACCAAUACUGUGUGUACCUGUAACUCGGGUUACUAUGACAGUGAUGGUCCUUCAACCAAUAAUGGGAUAUGUACUGCAAAAAUCCUUCCUGGAGAGUCCUGUAACAAUGUGGCCAAUGAAUGUACCGACUUGUCUAGCUGUAGUGGUGGUAUAUGUACCUGUAACACUGGUUACUACGACAGUGGAUCUACAUGUCAAUUAAGACUAAAUCCGGGAGUGACAUGCCCUUCAUCACCAACAAAUGCAUGUAAGGACAACUCUGUGUGUACCAAUAAUGUGUGUACCUGUAACUCGGGUUACUAUGACAGUGAUGGUCCUUCAACCAAUAAUGGGAUAUGUACUGCAAAAAUCCUUCCUGGAGAGUCCUGUAACAACGUAGCCAAUGAAUGUACCGACUUGUCUACCUGUAGUGGUGGUAUAUGUACCUGUAUCACUGGUUACUAUGACAGUGGCUCUACAUGUCAGUUAAGACUAAAUCCGGGAGUGACAUGCCCUAUAUCACCAACAAAUGCAUGUAAGGACAACUCGGUGUGUACCAAUAAUGUGUGUACCUGUAACUCGGGUUACUAUGACAGUGAUGGUCCUUCAGCCAAUAAUGGGAUAUGUACUGCAAAAAUCCUUCCUGGAGAGUCCUGUAACAAUGUGGCCAAUGAAUGUACCGACUUGUCUAGCUGUAGUGGUGGUAUAUGUACCUGUAACACUGGUUACUACGACAGUGGAUCUACAUGUCAAUUAAGACUAAAUCCGGGAGUGACAUGCCCUUCAUCACCAACAAAUGCAUGUAAGGACAACUCUGUGUGUACCAAUAAUGUGUGUACCUGUAACUCGGGUUACUAUGACAGUGAUGGUCCUUCAACCAAUAAUGGGAUAUGUACUGCAAAAAUCCUUCCUGGAGAGUCCUGUAACAACGUAGCCAAUGAAUGUACCGACUUGUCUACCUGUAGUGGUGGUAUAUGUACCUGUAUCACUGGUUACUAUGACAGUGGCUCUACAUGUCAGUUAAGACUAAAUCCGGGAGUGACAUGCCCUAUAUCACCAACAAAUGCAUGUAAGGACAACUCGGUGUGUACCAAUAAUGUGUGUACCUGUAACUCGGGUUACUAUGACAGUGAUGGUCCUUCAGCCAAUAAUGGGAUAUGUACUGCAAAAAUCCUUCCUGGAGAGUCCUGUAGCAAUGUGGUCAAUGAAUGUACAGACCUAUCUACCUGUAGUGGUAGUAUAUGUACCUGUAACACUGGUUACUAUGACAGUGGCUCUACAUGUCAAUCAAGAUUAAAUCCGGGAGUGACAUGCCCUUCAUCACCAACAAAUGCAUGUAAGGACAACUCUGUGUGUACCAAUAAUGUGUGUACCUGUAACGUGGGUUACUAUGACAGUGAUGGUCCUUCAUUCAGUAAUGGGAUAUGUACUGCAAAAAUUCUUCCUGGAGAGUCCUGUAACAACGUAGCCAAUGAAUGUACCGACUUGUCUACCUGUACUGGUGGUAAAUGUACCUGUAUCACUGGUUACUAUGACAGUGGCUCUACAUGUCAGUUAAGAUUAAAUCCGGGAGUGACAUGCCCUUCAUCACCAACAAAUGCAUGUAAGGACAACUCUGUGUGUACCAAUAAUGUGUGUACCUGUAACGUGGGUUACUAUGACAGUGAUGGUCCUUCAUUCAGUAAUGGGAUAUGUACUGCAAAAAUUCUUCCUGGAGAGUCCUGUAACAACGUAGCCAAUGAAUGUACCGACUUGUCUACCUGUACUGGUGGUAAAUGUACCUGUAUCACUGGUUACUAUGACAGUGGCUCUACAUGUCAGUUAAGAUUAAAUCCGGGAGUGACAUGCCCUUCAUCACCAACAAAUGCAUGUAAGGACAACUCUGUGUGUACCAAUAAUGUGUGUACCUGUAACGUGGGUUACUAUGACAGUGAUGGUCCUUCAUUCAGUAAUGGGAUAUGUACUGCAAAAAUUCUUCCUGGAGAGUCCUGUAACAACGUAGCCAAUGAAUGUACCGACUUGUCUACCUGUACUGGUGGUAAAUGUACCUGUAUCACUGGUUACUAUGACAGUGGCUCUACAUGUCAGUUAAGAUUAAAUCCGGGAGUGACAUGCCCUAUAUCACCAACAAAUGCAUGUAAGGACAACUCGGUGUGUACCAAUAAUGUGUGUACCUGUAACUCGGGUUACUAUGACAGUGAUGGUCCGUCAGCCAAUAAUGGGAUAUGUACUGCAAAAAUCCUUCCUGGAGAGUCCUGUAACAAUGUGGUCAAUGAAUGUACAGACCUAUCUACCUGUAGUGGUAGUAUAUGUACCUGUAACACUGGUUACUAUGACAGUGGCUCUACAUGUCAAUCAAGAUUAAAUCCGGGAGUGACAUGCCCUUCAUCACCAACAAAUGCAUGUAAGGACAACUCUGUGUGUACCAAUAAUGUGUGUACCUGUAACGUGGGUUACUAUGACAGUGAUGGUCCUUCAUUCAGUAAUGGGAUAUGUACUGCAAAAAUUCUUCCUGGAGAGUCCUGUAACAACGUAGCCAAUGAAUGUACCGACUUGUCUACCUGUACUGGUGGUAAAUGUACCUGUAUCACUGGUUACUAUGACAGUGGCUCUACAUGUCAGUUAAGAUUAAAUCCGGGAGUGACAUGCCCUAUAUCACCAACAAAUGCAUGUAAGGACAACUCGGUGUGUACCAAUAAUGUGUGUACCUGUAACUCGGGUUACUAUGACAGUGAUGGUCCGUCAGCCAAUAAUGGGAUAUGUACUGCAAAAAUCCUUCCUGGAGAGUCCUGUAACAACGUGGACAAUGAAUGUACAGACUUAUCUACCUGUAGUGGUGGUAUAUGUACCUGUAACACUGGUUACUAAGCAUGCAUUAAGUGUUUCCUGUACCAGUCCUCUGACUGGUGUGUCCCAAUGUUCUGAUGGCAAUGCAGAGUGUACAAGUACUGGAGGGAAUGUGUGCAGGUGUAAGGAUGGAUAUUUUGACAGUGAUGGAUUUGGUACACCUGAUGGCUUUUGUACAUCUAUGUCAGCUCUGAAGGUGACCGAUGUAUCUGUCACACCAGGGACAGAGACAGUGAGUGUGACCUGGACACCGCCAUCAGAUACCAGUCAGGUGAAUAAGUACCAGGUCAUAUGGACCCCAGCUACAUCUAAUGGCUUGAUGUCACAGGAUGUUUUAAAAACGGAAUCAUCUACUUCUAUUUCUGGUUUUACCAGUGGUGUUACCUACACAUUUAAUGUGAAGACGAUGGAGUUGGGAAGCCGAACAGUCACACAGGAAAUAGAACCUGAUUCUCCUACUACAGUUUCAAUGAAGGCAGCACUGUUUGUGUCAUGUGGGAGUGGUUCACCUGUUGUGGUGUGUGAAGACACCACCACAGCCUCCUGUACUUCAAAUGUUUGUCGAUGUAAUGACGGCUACUUCGACAAUAAUGGCUACUAUACAUAUGGUGGUGUCUGUACUUCAAUGAGUGACCUGAAGGUCACAAGUGUGACGUCCUCAUCAGUAACUACUACAGGUGUCACCAUCAGUUGGACAGAAUCUGCAACUUCCUCCCAGGUUUCCAGUUACACUUUGGUCAGGAGGCUGAGUGGUAGUGGCACUGUAGUAGAAACCUCUGUAGGGAAAGUAACAACUGCAACUGUAACAGGGUUGUUACAGAGCACGACAUAUGUCUUCAAGGUCAAAUCAAUCGAGACAGGAAGUCGUAGUACUCCGCAACAGAUUGAAUCUGACGCUUCUGUCACAGUUACCACAAAGGCAGCACUGAGUCAGCCAUGUGAUGCUGUUACAUGUGGAUAUGUCAAUUCUGAGUGUAUAGCUAGUAAUUCAGGAGAUGUGUGUAGGUGUAAGACUGGUUACUAUGACAGCAACGGAUACAGUACAACUGGGGGAGUUUGUACAGCCAUGAGUGGGUUGGUAGUGACAAGUUUGUCAGUAGGUGUAGAAGGAACCAGUACUGUGACUAUACAAUGGGUGGCUCCAUCACCUGGGAGUGACCAGGUCAAUAGGUACGAGGUACACUGGAAUCCAGAGUUAUCUAAUGGAACAUCAAACUACAAUGCUGCCAAGACAACAUCAGUCAGACUGACAGGAUUUACAUCAGGACAAAUGUAUGACUUCUAUGUAAAAUCUAUUGAGGAUGGAAGUCGUGACAGUCAACAGGAAGUACAGACAAGUUCGAAAACUAUUACUAUCAAUGCUGGUCUCAAUGUUGUAUGUGAUGGUGGCAUAACAUGUGCCGACUCCAAUUCGGAAUGUAUUCAAGCUGCUACUGGAGGUACCAACAUCUGCAGAUGUAAAUCAACAUACUUUGACAGUAAUGGGUAUUCCACUAACGGUGGAAUGUGUGUUUUAAUGUCCAAACUAGCGGUGACUAACGUUAUAUUGGUAAAAGAAGGAACAGACAUGGUCAGCAUCAGCUGGACACCUCCUUCGGAAUACACCAAUCGGGUCAGCAGGUACGAGGUACACUGGACAUCUACUGAGACCAUUAGUGGUAACACAUCCUACAAUGCCCAACUGACCACAGCUGUACAGUUGGCGGGGUUUACACCAGGUCAGACCUAUACCUUCUCUGUCAACUCUGUGGAGUCUGGAAGUCGUGAUCAGGAACAAAUUGUUUCUACUUCAACUCCUCCUACAACAAUGAAACCGACAACACCAUCAGGGUUUACAGAGACAGAUAUUGAUGGUCCUGUGAUAAAAUUAUCCUGGACCCCCCCUAGUGGUAUCAGAACUAGAUAUGAUGUCAUAACAACACCAACACUAAACCCCACCACUACAAAUACAGAUUUUAUCACCUACAGUAAUGGGGUAUUCGACGGACAGAGGUACGACAUCACUAUUACCACAGUAAGUGGUAGUGAGAGAAGUGAUCCUCUGGAGGCUACAUUCAGGACAGUGUCAAAAACCCCAGAUCCUCCUACUGAACUUUCUUGUACGACCACCACAGAUAAGACCAUAACUCUGGCCUGGACAGCCCCGUUACUGCCAAGGGGAGACAUCCAACAUUAUGUAGUCAAACGCACUGACACUGGUGCUACGUUUACCACGACAUCAAGUCUGACAGAGUAUACUGUUGAUGGUCUACAACCAGAAAUUUAUUACACAUUCAUUGUGGCUACAGUCAAUGAUGCAGUGACAGAAACUAAUCAAAGUAUAUACAGUUCAUCGAAAGGAUGUACAACCAAAGCUGCCAUGUCACUCCCACCUGAUACCAUAGUUGUAUCACAGGUACAGAGUCGACAGUUUACCCUGAACUGGACCAAACCUACGAUUACCAACGGUAACCUGAUGAUGUACAGACUCACAGUGCUAGAGGGGAGUACAUGUGUCCGUGAGGUCAUCUUUACCUGUACAACAUGCCCUGGGUUUACAUCAUUCUCCCAUACCAGUACAUGUCAAGAGGCAGACAAACAAUUAGUAGUAAUUAUUCCUGCUGACCUAGAAAGCUACACCUACACCGUGGACAACCUUAACCCAUACAUCAACUACUCUGUUAGUGUGUUGGCUGUUAGUGCAGCAGGGGACGGUCACCCCAACACAACGUAUGUCCUAACAGACCAGGAGGUUCCACAGAGUCCUACCUCUCUGACAGCUUCUGUCCUGAGUACUACAGAGAUUACUGUGACCUGGAUCAUAGAUGGUCCGGAGCCUGGACCUACCACCUACACACUGUAUGUUAUACCAGAAUCACCAGAGUCAAGUCGAACAAUCACCAUAAGUGGCUUCUCAACCAGGUCACACAAAGUGGAAAGUCUACAGGAAUACAGGACUUACACAUUCAAUCUGACCGCCACUACUACAAAGGGGACAGCAGCAUACCAAGGGACCCUACCAUCUAAACUGACCAAUGCUGCAGCUCCUGGGCCAGUAGGAAACUUUAUAGUAGCUCGUCCCAAUGGUCCAAACUUUACGACUGUGAGGGUAUCCUGGGAACUUCCACCUGUAUUGGAGAGGAACAGUAACAUCACCAACUUUAUGUUCUCACACAACUCUACAGGCGGGAACUUAAACUCUUCUCCAGAAGAAAUAUUGGUAACUGAUAAUGUAAACACUGCUGUAACACGAAAUCUGGCAGUGGAACCACAGAAAACAUACUACAUUGAGGUGUAUGCUGUAGGUACUGACGGGAGUCAGAAAGUAUAUACGGGAGAUAAAAGCACUUCUAACUAUGAAGCCCCUGCUGGAGCACCACCUUUGGAUGUUGGAGACACAGUAAUUCCAUCCAGCAGUAACACAAACAUCCAGUCUACACAGACUUCCUUCACACUCACCCUAACGGAGGGUUUCUUCAUCAACUCACUGUAUGGCAGUAUAGAAGACAUAUCUUUGGUGUUGUGUAAGGACACCUGUAAUAAUUUCGGCGACUCAUCUGAAGCAGUAUCAAGUGAUUACUUAAGCAACUUGGAUGGAUGGAAAGAUGCUCGAACAAACGGCUAUGCUAGUGAAUACAGGGCAAUGUCAAAAACAGACUUUACAGCAUACCUUGAUCAAGCUAGUACAUUCGGCAGACGUAAGAGAUCAACGAAAACAUUUGUGGUCCAGAUUGGAAAAGCAACAAACUGUGAAUCCUCAGCAGAAAAGUAUUGCAAUGGACCUCUGGAGGCAGGCUCAAUUUAUUAUGUUAAGGGGGUCGUUUGUACUGUAGGAGGAUGUACAUUGUCUACACUGUAUGGACCAUAUUCAACUGAGAAAGUUCCAGACCCAGGACCAGACAUUGGUGUCAUAGUUGGCGUUGUUUGCGGCAUUGUGGCUUUCGCCAUUGUCAUUGGUGUUAUUGUUAUUUAUAUGAAGAGGAGGCAAAGUUCCAAACCAAGCACAUACAAGACCGAUGAAGAGGAACCGGAUCUUCCAGAAAUUGAGAAAAAACACAUCCGUGCCAAAAGACCUGUUGUCAUGGAGAGGUUUCCCCAGCAUGUGGCUGACCUUCAUAAAGACAGCAAACUGAAGUUUGCUAAAGAAUAUGAGGACCUUAAGGAGUUGAGUGCCAAACAUCCAUGUAAUGCUGCUAACGAGGAUGAAAACAAACUUAAGAACAGAUAUGUAAACAUCCUACCAUUUGACCACAGUCGAGUGAAACUGAAUCCUGCAGAUCCAGAGGACCCAACCACAGACUUCAUCAAUGCUAAUUACAUACCUGGUUACAACUCUCCACGAGAAUACAUAGCAUCCCAGGGCCCGAUACCAGGCACUAUUGAUGAUUUCUGGCGCAUGAUCUGGGAACAGCAAGUAGCCAUCUGUGUCAUGUUGACCCUUUGUAAAGAGGAUGGAAGGAUCAAGUGUGAACAGUAUUGGCCUACAGAGCGUAAUGAACCAAAGCAGUAUGGUGACAUCGUGGUGGAGAUCACCUCAUGCUCAACUGUCAAUACCUAUGAUUUUAGAAUCUUCAAACUCACACAGGGAGAUCAGACACGAACUCUGAAGCAUUUCCACUUUUUAAAUUGGAAGGACUUCUCUGCUAAUGUUCAAAAUGAUGUGAUGAUUGACUUCAUACAAAAUGUGCGGGCACACAUUCAACCUCCAGACAAGAAGGGCCCAAUGAUCAUACACUGCAGUGCCGGAGUUGGUCGUACAGGAACGUACAUGUCCUUGGAUCAACUUAUCCAGUUCAUUGAUGAACAUGAUUUCAGUGAGGAGUUAGACAUUUUCGACCUGGUUCUGUCAAUGAGGAACUACAGGGUGUUUAUGGUCCAGACAGAGCAACAAUAUGUGUUUAUCCAUGACUGUGCCAAGGACCUUAUUGAAAGAAAGAGAGCUAGGCUGCAGAAUAAUGAUGACGAUGACCUCUAUGUGAACAAGGCAUAUGAGGAAGACCCGGAGGAAAACAUGUACCAAAAUCAAGACUUUUACAACAACACAACUGCCAAAACCGAGCUUUAACCAAACCAGUUGACUGAUACAAAAUAUGCAGCAAAGUAUGGAUGUAUCAUUUACAUGUAUAUAGUUAUUUGUUAGCUAAACUGUGGACAUUCCUACAAUAUGCUUCUGAAAAUUUACCAAAUACUUACAUUCCAUCUAAUUCCCAAAGAUGUAUACUUACAAAACAAAUGGCAGAAUGUAUGUACAGCAAUUGGCAGUAAUAUGAAGCAGGUCUUAGUUGAAAUAGUAUGCAUUCAUUUUGACUUUAAUGGCUUUUAAGGUAUUUUACUUCAGUGCCAAUUUCUACCUUGUUUAGGAAAUAAUGUAUUUGAGUGGCAUAGUCUGAGAUUUUCUUAUCCACAUUAACAUGGUUACAAACUAUUUGAAUGGUCAGGAUAAGUUUUUUAUUAUCUGAAAAGGAACAUUAGAUAGAAACGUACAGGGGCUAUUAAUCAUGUUUACCUUUAAUAUGUAUAUACUUUAGUAACCUUUCACACAUUGUGGAGAUUAUUAUCAUAAUAUUGAUGAAAUGAAAACUUUUUCAGUAAAAUGUCCAAUUAAAGCCUAUGUGUGCAUUAUGUAAUGCAUGAUUGAUUGAAAACUCCUUGUAAUGUUUUGAUAAAAAGGAGAAAGAUGACAGACAAUUUUAUUUUUUUCUUUAUUUUAUAGAGAUUUUGGUAUAUGGACUACAACUUGAACUGGGGGGCUAUUAUUUGAGGACUAGUGAAGAAUUAAUUGUAAAUGUGUAAAACAUAAGUAUUAGAAUUUCUUGAAUUCAUUUAGAAUUAAGUAAAGAACAGGGUUAUUUCCUUUGUUGGACCCGACAAAGUAAGUUGUCUCAAAAUUAGAUAGAUUCCAUUGGUCACACAGUUAAGAUUAUAAGUAAACUUUAAUGAUAUUAUAGUAUAUGAUUGGAAAUCAAAAAUUCCAGAUAUUUGCCAGUCCUGAUUACAUUGGAGCAUUGUUGUUUUCAAUAAUAUACAUUUGUAACUGUAAAUGUAUAACCAUAUGCUCCUGCAGCAAUAGUGAACAGUUGAAGAACUUAAUAAUCUCACUGCUGUAGCAUUCCAUGAGUGAUAGUCUGCUCUAAUAUCAAUCAAAAUGUUUCGGACACAAUCAAUGAAUUCUAUAAUAUAUGAAUACAGAUAUUCUUUAUGUACAUGUAGAACUGAAAAUUCCUUAAUUCAUGUCUGGUUUUUUUUCAAAUAAUCAGACAUGAUCAAGUAAUAUGCAAUAUGACCAUUACUUACAGAUUACCAUCAAAUCUAAAAAUGUUUGGUGUGUUCGGUACACAGUGGAUUAUAAAUACCUAUAAAAAUGAUUGGUGUGUUCGGUACACAGUGGAUUGGGUUAUAGAUACCUAUAAAAAUGUUUGUGAUAUGUGAAUUUCAAAUGUAUGGUAAAUUGCCCUAUGAAAUACACCUACUGGUACAAGUACUAUCACCAUAUCACAGACCUUUGAUACCGGUAGUUUUUGUUUCUUUAUUUUCCUCAACUGUUACAUCUGUGAUUUGUUAACAAUUUUGUAAGAUUUUAUGAAAUGGAUUGGCUUUGGAAAAUAAUAACUUUGUAUAAAGCAAGAUCACAACAGACUUUGAUUUGAUGAUAAGCCCUACAUACAGUGUAAAUAGUUAUAUUAGCUUUGAAUAAAAAUAUUUCUGAUAAGUUUACAUGAUAAAUAUCAUAUUAACUGUAAGAAUUUGGUCUUUGAAAGCAAUUCCAGAAGGCAGUUAUAUUCAUAACUAUGGCCAUGCAUAUAAUGUAUUCUUAUAAUAUGUAAUGUAUUUUACUGCAUGUACAUUGUACAAUAUUACUCAUUGCUACAAAACGUUUGUAUGAUCUCUCACAUGUUAUAGUGCUUGCCAACAACAGUGGUCGUUGUUGACCAGUAGUGCCUUGUUGUUGAAUUGUUAUUGUUUGUCGUGGAUAUGUAGGGAUUUGUUCACAUCUGUUGGAGACACAUUCUCUUUAUAUUUGUUGUAUAUACACACACCAUUUUUCGGUUAUAAACCAGGAGCAUUUUUAAGAUAAUAAUUAUUUUCCCAGUUGUCCUCUUCUAGACUAAACAUGAUUUCGUGUUUUCAUUGAUCACAUAACUACCCUGUUAGUUUAACAUUCACCACAUGUGUGUGUUCAACACACACAUUGAUCAGACCUAGAGGUGUUCUGAUUAGCUGGUACCUCCAUGGUUUCAGUUUUUAUGUCACAACUUUUUUGUAUUACAUAUGUCAAUUCACAAUUAAUUAAGAUGUCAUAAAGAGAAAAGUGAGAAUGUAGAUAUUUUAGAUUUCAAGGUAGUAUGAAAAUAUGUUUUUCAAGCAUAUUUGCAGCUGGUCAUGUGUUAAACAGAAUCUUUGAGAAAUGUGAUUGAUCAUAUAAAAUCCCAGACUUCUAUUUUCACUUUUCUACACCGACUUAGUAAAUUGACAAGUUCUUGGGCUACUUUGAAUCUUUUCUGUCAAUGGGAACAUGCAGGUAUAUGGUUCUCAAUGUCUAGGUUCCUAAUAUCUACCAAACCAGGAUAGAAAAAUUUCAUUAAUAGAUAUUUAAAUCAUUCGAAACGGAAAUAGGAAUUAAAAUAGAUAACUACAACCAUGUGAUUAUUGACUUGGUUGGGACAUGGAAAUUGUUUUGUUUUUUUUUAUUAUUUUUUUUUUUUUUUUUUUAUUUGUGAAUUAUUAAUUAUAUGAAUUUUGUGAUUUUUGUCAUGUGUCAAUGACUACAAAUGUGCAAAGGCAUGAUGAUAAUGAAACAUACACAGGUUGUUGGGAACACUUUUUUCUGGUAAUCGUGUCAAUCGAAACAAUGGUGUGAUGUUUUCCCAACAUACAUUUUUAUGUUUUUGUUGUUAAACAUAUCCAAUAAUUUGCAACAUUCCUCGUGUGUUUUCAUCCGGUGUAUUUUCGUGUUUGAUACGAUCCAGGUAAGUGAUAUUAUCUUUGGGUGUCUAUAUUUUUUUUAUUAAAAUUGAUGUUAUUAUUCCAUGUAAUAUAAUACAUAAAUAAUUAUGUAUAUAUAUGUAUUUUCAUUUAUAAAUAUAUCUGUGAUGUCUGUUUUUUCCUUAGUAUUAUACCUGAGGAAGAAGCUAUUGUUUCUAUGCACUUGCAUUGGAACAUAUUAUUUCUUUUCUUGUAUAAGUAGGACAUAUAAUUUUGUUUUCUGUGGUUUGCAUAAAACUUGAAUUUUGAUACAAGUUUAUUUCAAUAUGUAGAUACAUUCCAUGAAAAUUAACAUAUGGGUAAAUGAUUUCCAAAACACUCUCAUAUACAUGGAAUAUUAAAUGUCUUAUUACAAAGCAUUAUUUAUCUGGUGUCACGUCCUAUGAAGAUCACCUGCCUGUAAAAUUUCAAAGUUAUCGCCCCUUGUUUCUUUUCAUUUUUUUUUUUUAUUAUUUUUGUCCAGAGAUCUAUUUUUUUGAUCGAUUUCUUUUAUACUUGGUAGGCUUCAUAAUCAUGAUAUAUAGCUGUGAUUCCCUGAAUGACAUUUAGAUUUGAUUAUUUUUGCAACAAAAAUGUUGCUUUUGCUAUAUCCAUUACUUGAAUCUUGUUUGGAGAUCUACAUUUUUUCAAUGAUUUCUUUAAAACUUUUUAAUCAAAAUAUCAAGUUAUGUUUGAUGAGUUGUAAACAAAUUCCUGAUACUUAUAUUACUGAAAUUAUUAGAAAAUUAAACAUUGACUUUGUAGUGAAAGCUAGGUGAGGGUUAUAGCAUGUCACCUAGCUAGCCACUCAUUCAGUGUAAAGUGAUGUAAGUCUUAUUUUAAUGUUGAUGAAAGAUGGACACAUUAUCUUGUGUAUCCAAAAAAAAUUGGAAUAUACUGCUGAAGAUUUUCCUCAAGUGUGGAGCUUGCUCGGAUUUGGAGUUUUGUUAAUUCAGGUCAGGGUCUACUUGAAUUUGUGUUUUGUCAGGUUUUUGGUACAUAUCUUAUUGUAACUGCUGUUCUGUUGUUAUGGGAACAAUCGAAAUGGUUAUGGAGAGGUGGAAGGGUUUUGUGGUGCUAACACAUCAUGAUAACAAUACACAAACUUUUAUUAUAAUUGUAUAAGGAUAACCUGAAGCUAAACCAAUAGGUUUUAUUUGGUAUGAAGCUUGCAGACUUGUUAAUGGAAACAGCAAAUGUGAACAUAUCUUAGUUACACUCAUAAAUACAACAUUAUCAUUAACAUAUAAAAGGACCAAGAAAUCUUGUUAACAAAUUAAAUAUAUUUUUCUCUAUAAAUUUUGCAUGAAAUAUUUUGUGAAACCAGAUGCUUAAUUUAAUGUUAAAAAAUCAAACAAUUUGACCAUAAAUUCUAUUAGAUUUUGAUAGAUGUAAGAUGCUUUAAGUUCAAUUAAAUGUGCUAUUAUUUACAGUUUCAAUGAUGUCAGCUUUAAAAUAUAUAUUGUAUUUAGUUAAUAUACUCAUAUACUAUGGAUAUAACGUACAUGAACAUUGAGCAGUGGCUUAUUGUUUCUUGUUAAGUUUCUGUCUGUUGAAUACAUGAUAAUUAUAUCCUGAAGUACAAUAAAUAUAUAUCCAGAUUAAGAUACCUUAGUCUUGGCAUUAUGUUAACUCACUAUGUAUGAUGUCAAAUUAUAGUAUAAAGAUAAAACUCUAUUUCACAAAGAUCAAAACAAUCCUUCAUACCUAAGUGCUUUAUUUUCAUUUACCAGCUUUAAAUUAUUCGGGAGAAACAUGUAUUUUGUUAUUGUUUAAGUCUUUGAUAGAACUACUUUACAGACCUACUCUUUAAGGUUCUGUCAAUUAAACCGGAUAGUAGUUUACUGGUGGUUCCAAAGGAAAGCUUCUUUUUAAAGUAAAGUAAAAUCCAUCCAAAAUGUACCUUAAUGAUAUGUACUACUCAUAGAACUCGGCAUAAGUUUAGCUUUAGUAAAUAUAUUAUUUCAUUUAUUAAUCAGAUAAACCUAUUAUUUAUACAGAUAUAUACACCCUUUAUAUAAUGUUAUACUGCUUCCUAAACAUUUCAUUAUCAGGAUCCUUGGUCAAAUGAUAAGACUAUGAUGACAGAAUGGGUCAAUUUAGUAACUCAAUGUGUAUAUUACAGACCUAUUAUUAAUAAUAUUAGGAAUUGAAUGAUGGGCAUGCCGACGUGUAUGUAUGGUCUGUACAUACACAGUGGGAAAGAUUAGACUAGAAAGUAUAGAUUCCUUAUCUCAAUAUUUGUACUUAAUUAUUUUAAUCGACUAUUUUACAUUGAGAAAUAUCACCAUAUUUUUACAACGAAAUGAUUCUCUUUUACUUACUGGAUGCAAAAUAUCUCGAGACUAGCUUAUUCACAAUAUUUUUGAAGAAUUUAUUUUGAAAAUAAAUUGAUUUAUCAUAUAUAAUAUAUUUUCAUAUAUAUAAACAAUAAAACAUUUCUCACUUGGA